GACAGCCAGGAGUUCCACUGCGCAGGCGCGAGCUUUCUCUGCGCAGACCAGCAGGCUCCACCCCCUUCUUUUUCCAAUUCAGCCACCACGGGAUACAGAACUGUCGUGCGUAUGCCUUCUGUGGCGUCCUCGCUUUGCGGCCGCUGCUUCUCCACGGCUCUCCCCUUCCCCCGCUCCUCUCCCUGACGGCUUACUUUGCGGCAGCGCCGAAAGCCCCACCCCCUUUCUCUGCGGAAUCACCAUGGCGGCUGGGACCCUGUACACAUAUCCUGAAAACUGGAGGGCCUUCAAGGCUCUCAUUGCUGCUCAGUACAGCGGGGCUCAGGUCCGCGUGCUCUCCGCACCACCCCACUUCCACUUUGGCCAAACCAACCGCACCCCUGAAUUUCUCCGUAAAUUUCCUGCAGGCAAGGUUCCAGCAUUUGAGGGUGACGAUGGAUUUUGUGUGUUCGAGAGCAAUGCCAUUGCCUACUAUGUGAGCAAUGAGGAGCUGCGGGGAAGUACUCCCGAGGCAGCAGCCCAGGUGGUGCAGUGGGUGAGCUUUGCUGAUAGCGACAUAGUGCCCCCAGCCAGUACCUGGGUCUUCCCCACCUUGGGCAUCAUGCACCACAACAAGCAGGCCACAGAGAAUGCAAAGGAGGAAGUGAGGCGAAUUCUGGGCCUACUGGAUGCUCACUUGAAGACGAGGACUUUCCUGGUGGGCGAACGUGUGACGCUGGCUGACAUCACAGUUGUUUGCACCCUGUUGUGGCUCUAUAAACAGGUCCUGGAGCCUUCUUUCCGCCAGGCCUUCCCCAAUACCAACCGCUGGUUCCUCACCUGCAUUAAUCAGCCCCAGUUCCGGGCUGUCUUGGGGGAGGUGAAACUCUGUGAGAAGAUGGCCCAGUUUGAUGCUAAAAAGUUUGCAGAGAGCCAGCCUAAAAAGGACACCCCACGGAAAGAGAAAGGUUCUCGGGAAGAGAAGCAGAAGCCCCAGGCUGAGCGGAAAGAGGAGAAAAAGGCUGCUGCCCCUGCUCCUGAGGAGGAGAUGGAUGAAUGUGAACAGGCAUUGGCUGCUGAGCCGAAGGCCAAGGACCCCUUCGCUCACCUGCCCAAGAGUACCUUUGUGUUGGACGAAUUUAAGCGCAAGUACUCCAAUGAGGACACACUCUCUGUGGCCCUGCCGUAUUUUUGGGAGCACUUUGAUAAGGAUGGCUGGUCUCUGUGGUACGCUGAGUACCGCUUCCCUGAAGAGCUCACCCAGACUUUCAUGAGUUGCAACCUCAUCACUGGAAUGUUCCAGCGGUUGGACAAACUGAGGAAGAAUGCCUUUGCCAGUGUCAUCCUCUUUGGAACCAAUAACAGCAGCUCCAUUUCUGGAGUCUGGGUCUUCCGAGGCCAGGAGCUUGCCUUUCCGCUGAGUCCAGAUUGGCAGGUGGACUACGAGUCCUAUACCUGGCGGAAACUGGAUCCUGGCAGCGAGGAGACCCAGACGCUGGUUCGAGAGUACUUUUCCUGGGAGGGGGCCUUCCAGCAUGUGGGCAAAACCUUCAAUCAGGGCAAGAUCUUCAAGUGAACAUCUCUUGCUGUCGCCUAGUUGCCUGUACCUGCCCUUCAGGGAGAUGGGGGUCAUUAAAGGAAACUGAACAUUGAA